AUGGAACCGCAGGAGGUGGAUUACCUCUUUGUUCUCCACUCUCCAGGCACCCAACUGUCCAUCGCAGAAAACCUGCCCUUCCAAGAAAUCGACUGGUCUUUACUGCUGUCACAACACAGGGCUAAAGCCUUCAUUAAACUGCAGGAUAAAAACGUGGCUACAAACUUUGUGCUGAAGAGGAACUAUUCUGAGUCUCCUGUGUCAUCGUGUAUAACCACUUAUAAGAAGACUCCUCCACCAGUUCCACCGCGAACCACAUCUAAACCAUUUAUUUCAGUUACAGUCCAGAGCAGUACAGAAUCGGCACAAGACACAUACCUUGACAAUCAGGACCACAAGAGUGACAUCAACAGUCAAUCUGGUCUCAGCAAUUCUUCAGACAGCUUGGAUAGUGCCAGAGCUCUGAACAGUACUAAAACAGGAAGCGUCAGUGCUCUGGUUCGUGAACAGUCAGAGAGCCAACAUCGAAAUGCUACAGUGACAUCUGAGAAGGGAUCACUCGUCAGUGAGGAUCCAAAAUUGGAAACUCCCCCAAAGAGAAAGCUUUCUUCGAUUGGAAUACAGGUUGACUCUUCCACAAACUUAACUAAGGAACAAGAUUCUCAACUGAUCAACAAGUUCCAGUCCAUUGGAAUACAAGUGGAAGACGAGUGGCAUUUAAGCCGCUCCAGCAGUAUGACAUCAAAACAAGAAACUGAUUCUGAUACACAGGAAUGUAGUAAUUUUAUUGCUGGAUCCCAGGACAAAAGCAAUCAAUUUUCUGAUUCAACCCAGCAUCAUAAUGUCUCAAACACCGAACCUCCUGUACGGCAGCAUGCAAAAGGCUCCCAGACAAAAAAUAAAGCUUUUGCUUAUAAUGAUAAUUUAGACCCAGCCCUAGAUCCAUCCUCUUUACCGCCACCAGAACCAUGGUUAGAGUCUGCUAACAAUCUUCCUGUCGAACCAGUUCAUGCUGCUUCAUGUCGUCGGGAUGGCUACUGGUUCUUGAAACUGUUGCAAGCGGAGAAGGAAAGAAUGGAAGGAUGGUGUCAUCAAAUGGAGAAAGAAACCAAAGAGAAUAAUCUAUCUGAAGAAGUCCUAGGAAAGAUCCGAAGUGCAGUGGGAAGUGCACAGCUUUUGAUGUCUCAGAAAUUACAACAGUUCCACGGUCUCUGCGAGCAGAAUCUGAACCAAAAUGCAAACCCACGACCUACUGCACAAGAUUUAGCUGGUUUUUGGGAUAUGCUGCAGCUUUCCAUUGAAGAUAUUAGCUUGAAAUUUGAUGAACUUUAUCAUCUCAAGGCAAAUGACUGGCAACUUGUUGAAAUGCCUGAAAAGAAGGAAGAGAAAAAGCUGCCCCCUCCAGUGCCAAAGAAACCAGCAAAGGCUAAAACUCCUUUAAAUCGUGAAAAACUGACAGAUUCAGCUGACAAGCAACGACAGGAAGCACGCAAGCGAUUAAUGGCAGCAAAACGAGCUGCAUCUGUACGGCAGAACUCUGCAACAGAGAGCGCAGAUAGCAUUGAAAUAUAUGUCCCUGAGGCACAAACCCGUCUGUGAAUUGGAGUGUGUCUUUUGCAUACGUUUUGGGGCAACUUCAAAACUUCAGUUGUCUGUACAAUUCUACAAGCAACAAUAAGCAUCAAUAAUAGAAUGCAAUGCUUAUUAGUAUAUUUGGCAUUGCUAUUCAAUGUCAGACUUCUAAAGUUCUUUAAUGUUAAAUCUGAUAUCUCAUCAGUGUGUACAUUGGUUGCCAUGCUUCUCUAUCAUUUGCAUGGCUUUGUCUUAUCCACUGCAGUCAACUUUUCUGUAAACAAAUUGCUUUGUGUUUCAUUCCUCAGUAGCAAAUUGUGUUUUAUCUAGCAUACACAGGAAAAGGACUGGCUUUUUUCUUGUGGGGAGGGGGUUGGGAAAUACAUCAAUUCUUCUUUAACUGAUGAAAAAUUUGAAGGAAGAUGAAGUUUCUUGGACAACAAAACCUGAGCUCAAUUUUAUUGGGUAAUUGCUACUUCUGUUCUGAGAAAUGUAUUCAUGUAAUUCAUCUGCAGAAACUAUAGCUUUGCAGAUUAUGCUUCCAUUGGCUCUGUAAAUUUAGAGUGCUGCUGUAAAAUGAUGUAAAACCACUCUACCAUUCAGUAGAGCAAAGCAAUAGAGCAUUUAAAUGUUCUCACAUUUUUUCAAAUGUACAGAAGUGACAUAAAAACUGUUCAGAAUUGUAGGAUCAUUUUAUGAAACAAGCACAUACAGGAAAAAAGGUUUUAUCAAACCAGUCUGGUAUUAGAACCUUUUAGAAUGUGUUCUUGGAUUUUGCAGCCAAAAUUUUGAAGAAUUUGUCUCAUUUGUUAUGGUUACUUCCUUAAUCUAGUAGUAGCUUAAAGUGGUUGUUUAUAUGUAGAUAACUAGUUAAGAUUUUAAGCAUACAAAUCAAGAUAAAUUAUGGAGAGAACCAUUGUUUUGAUUGACUUAAGAAUCCUGUUAGGUGCAAGUGUCCUGUGCAAAAAAAAAGUUGGUGAACUUUCAUAAAGUGAAGUAAGCACUACCUAAUAGCUUUUGUCCAAAUAUACUUUCUAUCGUGUAAUAUUCUCCAUUAUUUCAUCUCCAUUUUGCACAGUCAUACUUAGAAGAUUGCCAAAUGUUUUAUUGACCAAUGUUUGAUUUUUUAAUACCCGCUUUUAGCAGAAGAAACUACAUUUUGAACAUUCAGAUGUCAUUAUUUACAAAUUAAAUUUAUGAGGAAAAUA